ACUCAGCAGUACAGUCAUGUCAAACAGAAUCAAAAUGAAAGUGUAAACAAGUAUUCAGUAUAGCAUAGCAGACGGUAGCAAAACGCUUAUUUUUAGGAUAAGGAUUGGUUAUCCCUAGUUUUAAUUCAUAAUUAUUUUGUAUUCCUUAGGAUUAAUGUGUCAUAUCUGCAUUAAGAAGAUUAAAGUUGAGCUUUUAAAAACUGAAAUUUUAUUGCACCAUAUUUAUGUAAAGAAGAUUGGACGAUAAUACAAGAUGGAUGAGAACGAUUUAGGGUUUCGAACUGCAGAUGAAUUCACUAAGCUCUACUAUGAAAGUAUGGAUCGGAAAAGACAUCUUAUGUCAAAGUACUAUAUGGACAAUGCCUCUCUAGUAUGGAAUGGAAAUGGAAGAAAUGGAGCCGAUGAAAUUCAAAAGUUUUUAGCCAGUUUGCCUAUUAGCAUACAUAAUUUGACCAGCAAAGAUGUUCAAAGAAUUCCAGAUGGUGCUGUUGGGAACAAGAUGGCCUAUGUCAUACAGACUGCAGGAAAUGUUAAAUACCAGGGGAAAGAAAAUAGAAAAAUGUUUUACCAAACAUUCGCAAUCACAAAUGAAGGUGACAAGUGGAAAAUUGUGUCAGACUGUUUCAGAUUUCAAGAACAUGUUUCGUAAUGAUUAAGACUCUAUUGUGACUACAGUACAUUUUUAUACUACUUUUAAUAAACUUACUGAAAUAUUUUAA